AUGGCGCGCGACGCCAACGCCCUUGUCAAGACGCCGGCGAGCGAAGCCGACAGCCUGGACCUGCCGGCUGACCAAGGCCAAUGCCUCAGCAUACGCUGCGAGCAGUGCCAGGGCCGCGAUAGCCACAUCCGGCUCGAGUUUACCAUCGCGGACAAGACAAAGCUGCUGGCCAACGGCCUCGAACUGUUCCCGAACCCCGGCACAGAGCACGGGCUGGAGAUGACAGCCUCGGUCAACGACGACGACGCAAAGAAGGAAGAUCCGCACGACCAGCUCAUCAGCUACGGGCUCAGCGUCGCGCUCGAGGACAAGGACGCGACAGAAAACGUUUCGCUCAUCAACGUCGACUACAAGAUCCGCGAAGUCGACGGGGCCGUCGUUCAGGGGGUUCCCGUCGUGCAUCUGAAGCUCAUCGAGCUCGGCAGCGACGAGCUUCUUCUCGGCAGCAUCACCACCAUGGAGAAUGACGACAUCAACUGCGGCGCGGUCCAGUGCUGGGCCUACAAGCUGACGGGGGCGACGUUUGGAGGGCCCGGCGAAGAGGCCCUGCUCCGGUGCUGCAAUCUGAGGAAGCCCCAGAGUGAGCCCUCGAGGAACACGACGGCCCACGAUGCUCACGAUUGGUACGAGACGGUCAAGCUAAAGACUCCGCAGUCUUUUCAGCCCAUGCUGCUUGGCUUCGUGGCUUUUGCCAUGCUCGCCGUGUAA